AUGACUUUGUUCCCCACCAAGUUUGAAAAUGGGAAGAUUGAGUACAAGAUAAGGUACAAGGGGAGAUCAAGGCCAUUCUCUAGAGCCAAGCCUUGGUACUUUAGAAGCAACAAGUUCAAGAUGUUGAGAGUGAGGGAAGCCAAGCAGCUUCAAGAAAGCAAAGGCAGAGAAGCAAGAAUGAGAGAAAGGAUUAAGAUGCAAGGUUUGGAGAUGAGAUCAGAAGAGAGGAACCAGAGAUGGAGAAUCUGA